AAUUUCGACUCUUAAUUCCACGGAGGAAAUGUUUUCUUUUGUAACUCUUUUUCCAUUUCUCCAUUCAUAAUCACAAAGGAAAAGCGAUAACUUUGAAGCUCUAGAGUUUGAAGGGGUUCAAAUGAAUCCUUCCUCGGAAUAUUAUUCCGUACAAACAAUAGAGUAACAAUUUUUUUUUUCCUUAAAUAUAAAUUGUUAAAUCUUAUUUAACAUAACGAAAGCAUCUCGACGUAUGUUUUUUGCAUUUUGUUGUUGAAUCACCUUAAUAUAAAAUUUCUGGUUUCACCACUAGCUAGCCGUGACAUCUUUUCUCCCACGAUCAAGUUUGAAAAUGCCUUCAACAAUUCUACCGGAUGACGGUAACAACCCCAUUGUUGUGGCCAUUGAUAAAGACAAGCACAGCCCAUCUGCUGUAAAAUGGGCAGUUGAUCAUCUCGUGACAAGCAAUCCAACGCUUGUUUUGGUCCAUGUUAGGAUGAAGAACUCAACAAAUCAGGCUAGUGCUGGUCAAAGUUCGAAUCGUGGAUUAAGUGAUCAAGAUACACAUAAGGUCUUCACACAGUGCAGAGCUUACUCUGCACGUAAAGGGAUAGCAGUGAAAGAGGUUGUUAUUGAGGAUAUUUCAGUGUCUAAGGGACUUCUAGACUAUAUCAACAGCUAUCAUGUCACCAACAUUGUUCUUGGUGCAUCAUCAAGAAGUGCGUUUUCCAGGAAAUUUUGGACUCAUGAUGUGCCAACUAUCGUAAACAAAGCUGCACCAGAGUUUUGUACUGUAUACGUGAUUUCAAAAGGCAAGCAACAAUCAGUCAGACCAGCAGCUAAACCUCUUGCUAGUUCUUCAGCAAGGCUACCACCUUCCCAAGCAUGGUCAGGAGCUAGGCUAAGUAACUACUCUGAACCUGAAGAUGUAGCCAGGUCAGCCUAUAUGAGGGCAGAGCAAAAUUUUGGAACAUCUAAUGCAUCAAUGGAAUGUUAUGAUGUUCAGUCAAAGAAUUCAUAUAGCCGGAGUUCUCCGUCCAAUGCACCUCUUAGCCAUGGAUCAGUGGAUGUUUCAGCCCAAAAUCUUGACUUCACUCAAGUUUCAGUAAACGACAGUUGUAGCUCCUCAUCUUCGUGGGAGGCUGAGAUGAACAGAUUAAAGCUAGAGCUAAGGCAAACCAUGGAUAUGUACAACACAGCUUGCAAAGAAGCUGUCUCGGCAAACCAAACGGCUAAAGAGCUUAAUCAAUGGAAAAUGGACGAAGCUAGUAUGUUUAAACAGGUCCGUAGUUCUGAAGAGGCGGCUCUCGCUAUUGCUGAGAAGGAAAAAGCUAAAGGCAGAGCUGCCAAUGAAGCUGCUAUAAAAGCACAAAGGCUGGCUGAGAUAGAAUCAAAAAGAAGAAGGUAUGUGGAGUUGAAGGCCAGGCGAGAGACAGAAGAAAACAAUCUAGCGUUAAAUGAUCUAUCUCAGAAUAAUAUCCGCUAUAGGAAAUAUACGAUAGAAGAGAUUGAGAUAACCACCAAAAAUUUCUCUAAUUCAGAGAAGAUUGGUGAAGGUGGAUAUGGCCCGGUUUACAAAGGGAGACUUGACCACACACCCGUUGCCAUUAAAGUUCUUAGAUCCGAUGCUGCACAAGGAAUGCAACAGUUCAAGCAAGAGGUUCAGGUCCUUGGUCUCAUGAGGCACCCAAAUAUGGUACUACUCUUAGGUGCAUGUCCCGAGUACGGAUGUUUAGUUUAUGAGUUCAUGAAUAAUGGUAGCCUGGAAGAUCGACUGUUCCGGAAAGGUAACACCCCUCCAAUCCCAUGGGAAAUUCGGUUUAAAAUCGCAGCUGAAAUCGCUACAGGACUUCUAUUCCUUCACCAAGCAAAGCCCGAACCUCUUGUUCAUCGUGACCUUAAGCCAGGAAACAUUCUUUUAGACAGCAAUUACGCCUGCAAAAUUAGUGAUGUUGGAUUGGCUAGGUUAGUUCCACCAUCUGUAGCUGAUUGUGUUACACAAUAUCACAUGACUUCAGCUGCGGGAACUUUUUGUUACAUCGAUCCCGAAUAUCAACAGACAGGAAAGUUAGGGACUAAAUCAGAUAUAUAUUCACUCGGUGUAAUGUUGCUCCAAAUUAUUACUGCAAGGCCUCCGAUGGGUUUAACUCAUCACGUGGAGAGGGCCAUCGAGAACGGAACAUUUGCCGAUAUAUUAGAUCCAACAGUGCCAAACUGGCCGGUGGAAGAGGCUCUUAACUAUGCAAAAUUGUCACUCAAGUGUGCUGAGCUGCGGAAGAAAGAUCGACCUGAUCUUGGUUCGGUCUUAUUGCCCGAGCUUAAUAGGCUUAAAGCACAUGGAAUGAGUAGCAUGGCAAGUACAGGUAGCAGUUCUUGAAAUAUUUACUCCAUAAAGGAUCAAACAUCAUAAACAACAGUGGAUCAAGUGCAAUUAUGCCAGUUCACCACUUUAAACAUUUCUUCGCCUUUUCUUGUAAAUCUUACUGCAAGUGAAAUGAAAACAAUUUAUUAUAUUACCUUAGAAUGGUUUAUACACUUGUUGAAACAUUUAGACCCUUGAAAAUUCAGAAGGGGGAUAAAAUUUAGGUGCUAAAAAUGUUACCUUCACUUGGAGUACUGGGAAUAGAUAAAUGUUGUUUCCAAUCUUUUGGGACGUUGCCUGU